AUGUAUCUUUAUUAUAUAGCUGUUUUGAGAAAUGAUGAAAAACCGGCUCAGGAACUUGCAAGUGCUGUAAAUUUGUCUUCUUUCGGUUUUUUUCUUAGAUCAAGUAUUAGUGAAUUUAUGAUCUUGUUUAGUAGGAUGAUUGCUGAAGAAACACAGGCUGGGCAACGUAAAAGCUUUGAUCAAGAUAAUUAUGCUCUUCAUGCUUAUUCAAGAUCUGAGAGUAUUGUUGGUGUUGUUAUUACUGAUAAGGAAUAUCCUGUAAGAGUGGCUCAUUCUCUUUUAAGCAAAAUUUUGGAUGAGUUUUUAAUGAAAUAUCCACCUAGUUCAUGGCCUAAAAAAAAUAAUCAACGUUUGUCAUUUAAUCUAUUAGAUGAAUAUAUAGUGAAAUAUCAAGACCCUCGGAAGGCUGAUAAUAUUAUGAAAGUUCAACAAGAACUUGAUGAUAUAAAAAAUGUCUUGUUUCAAACUAUUGAUUCUGUUCUUCAGCGUGGUGAAAAAUUAGAUGAUUUAGUUCAGCGUUCGGAUAUAUUGUCUGCUCAAUCUCGAUUGUUUUAUAAACAGGCAAAAAAAAAUAAUUCAUGUUGUAUUAUUGCAUAA